UUGCUCGGAAUUAUCCUAUCAGCAAUCUUUCUAGACAUUGAAAACAGCGAACCGAGAUUUGACUUUCGUUGUGGCUCAAAUGGCGAUAAGGAACUCAUUCGUGGAAAGUGUUACGAACAGUACGAAAAACAAUACAACAAAUUCCCUGUUUAUGGAUUCGUGAUUAUUAACUUUCUUGUUACUGCAAGUGUUUGUGGAAUAUACUCACAAGCGGUAAAGUCGAAAGUUGAGCAACUUGAAAACAACCCUAGCAACGUGGAUGAUGAUGUAGAAGGGCAAACUCCUCGGAAAAAGCUAUUCAAAGCGUACUGUUUGCAACUUCUUGCCAGAUUUGCUCUUGGGAUAUUUUUUCUCGUUCUGCAGACCAAAUCACUUUAUCCUCUCAGCUUUCCCUCGAACUUCAAUUGCAACUUAACGAGAAACGAGAGGUUUUCAGACCUCACGGCAAGUGGGUCUCGCAACGGAACACAAACGAAAACGUCAUACGAAUGCCAUAAUCAGCGAGCAGCUAAGAAGACCUUCUGGGCUGAUGCCGUGAUCGUUGUAACUGGAGCGUUUGCGUUUCUUGUUUUUAUCGAGUCUGUUUAUUUGUUACAUGUAUGGCGUGCAAAAAAAGGAGAAAGGUUCACGGAGAACCGGAAAUUUCAUAAAUAUUAUUUGAGUUCAAAUCCGUCAAAUGCCCUUCUGGCAGAAUCAGUAGCCACUUUCAUCGAAGAUAUGAAAAAACAUAUCCGAGGAGUCACUGAACAACCCUACGUAGAUCCUGCUACGCCUUUCCACCGUAAACCGGGUGAAGGCUCAAAAAGACAUCUAAGGCUUGACCACAUCUACACCGAUUUAGUUAUUCACGAAAACAGAGCUCUGUAUCAAUUUAGUGGAGAUAGAGAGGAACAACUGAAAGAAUACUACAGAACCAGAGAGAAAUCUCGACCAACACUGCCGGGAGAUAUAUUUGAUGCUGAACCAAAACCGCGGAAAAUUCUUGUUGUUGGUCGUCCUGGAAUUGGAAAAACCAUGUUUUGCUCAAAGAUUCUUCGCAAUUGGGCUUCCGAUAAGUUGCUCAACGGUGCACAAAAAUCUCGAUUUGAUUUCAAACUCGCUUUCCUCGUUAAGUUGAGGAAGUUUAACCGCACAAAUGACGAAAUUAAUCUUCGCCAACUCCUGGAUGCAUCGGAGUAUUCUAAACUACCAAUGUCCGAUGACGUUUGGCACUACAUUACAAAAAGGCCAGACAAACUGCUCCUUAUUUUUGAUGGAUUUGAUGAAUAUUCUGGAAAGGUUAGAAUAAAUAACGAUGACUUAUCGAUCAGUAACCAUGUAGAAGACUCGAUGCCAGUUCAUUUCCUGUACAAGAAAUUAUUAUCGGGGAAAAUCCUUCCCGGUGCUACAGUCUUAACGAGCUCAAGACCAACCGCCGUGUCAUUCUUUGAAGCAGCUAUUGCCUUUGAAAGAAUAGUUGAAAUUCUGGGAUUCAACUCUGAUAAAGUGGAUGAGUAUGUGGACAAAUUCACAAAAGAGAAAGGCGAUGAUGGCAAAGGAGAAACCAUAAAGCAACACAUCAGAAGUAGCCUUAACCUCCAAUCCUUCUGCUACAUUCCUGUGAAUUGCUUCAUAAUUUGUUCGUGCUUGUUACACUUGCUGAACUCACCCGUCUCCGGCUGCCUUCCUACAAGACUAACCGAACUAUAUUCCAUAGCCAUCAAGAUUUUUUACUUUUGUCACGGUGAUAUCCAAAGUCGUUACCCAUCACAUGAAGCUCAACAGUUUUAUUUAAAGCCAUUUAGUGCAUUACCUGAACAUGUGCAAAAAUUCUUUAAGAGACUGGGAGAAAUUGCUUUUCAGGGAAUCAAAGAAGGAAGACUCAUUUUCGAAUCAGGCGAAGUCGAUGAGCAAGAAAACAAUGGUUUGUUCCACCGUUUACCUGAUAGUUUUAGCGGUUUAAAGGAAGGACGAGCACAAUAUUGUUUUUUACACCUGACGAUACAGGAGUUCUUAGCGGCGAAGUAUUUGGUGGACACGUUGAGUUCCGAAGACCUGCAGAAGUUUGUUUCCGAUCACAUCCAUGAUGGCGCGUGGAAGGUUGUGAUGCAGUUUGUGGCUGGACUGCUGGCUGAAAAAGGAGAACAAUCAACAGAUAUUUUCAGUGACCUUCUUCCCUCAAAAACUUUUACUUUUGAAGAUGACAUCAUUAUGAAUGAAGAUUCAGGGGAACCAACUGAAACACUGACCUGUUGGCCAGCUCGUGAACACAGGUUAUUAGUGGUGACGCUAUUCAAUUGCAUGUAUGAGAACAAAGCCUCUGAUCGAGAAGUUCAAAAGAAACUGAAGAAAAUUGGUUGUAAUGCGCUUGAUUUUAUUUGUUGUAACCUUUCACCUCUCGACUGUUUAGCAUUAGUGCAUGCACUUAAAUCUGUUGAAGGAAUUUUGUAUUUUGAUUUAACCGUCAACAACCUUCAGUCGCUAGGAUGUAUUGAGAUUGCGAAGUUGUUACCUGGCAACCAACAAAAUCAGGGUUUGCGCGAACUAAAAAGAUUAAACCUCAGGGAUAACAACAUAACUGAUGAAGGAGUAAAACAUUUAGCUACAGCACUCACACACACUAACUGCAACCUAAAUAGCUUAGACCUCGAGGGUAACAACAUAACUGAUGAAGCAGUUAAACAUUUAGCUACAGCACUCACACACACUAACUGCAACCUAAACAGCUUAAACCUCGCGGGUAACAACAUAACUGAUAAAGCAGUAAAACAUUUAGCUACAGCACUCACACACACUAACUGCAACCUAAACAGCUUAAACCUCGCGGGUAACAACAUAACUGAUGAAGCAGUUAAACAUUUAUCCACAGCACUCACACACACUAACUGCAACCUAAACAGCUUAAACCUNCACUCCACUGGUUCAGUUAUGUGGCAAAUGUAUGUUGGAUUUUGCUCGGAAUUAUCCUAUCAGCAAUCUUUCUAGACAUUGAAAACAGCGAACCGAGAUUUGACUUUCGUUGUGGCUCAAAUGGCGAUAAGGAACUCAUUCGUGGAAAGUGUUACGAACAGUACGAAAAACAAUACAACAAAUUCCCUGUUUAUGGAUUCGUGAUUAUUAACUUUCUUGUUACUGCAAGUGUUUGUGGAAUAUACUCACAAGCGGUAAAGUCGAAAGUUGAGCAACUUGAAAACAACCCUAGCAACGUGGAUGAUGAUGUAGAAGGGCAAACUCCUCGGAAAAAGCUAUUCAAAGCGUACUGUUUGCAACUUCUUGCCAGAUUUGCUCUUGGGAUAUUUUUUCUCGUUCUGCAGACCAAAUCACUUUAUCCUCUCAGCUUUCCCUCGAACUUCAAUUGCAACUUAACGAGAAACGAGAGGUUUUCAGACCUCACGGCAAGUGGGUCUCGCAACGGAACACAAACGAAAACGUCAUACGAAUGCCAUAAUCAGCGAGCAGCUAAGAAGACCUUCUGGGCUGAUGCCGUGAUCGUUGUAACUGGAGCGUUUGCGUUUCUUGUUUUUAUCGAGUCUGUUUAUUUGUUACAUGUAUGGCGUGCAAAAAAAGGAGAAAGGUUCACGGAGAACCGGAAAUUUCAUAAAUAUUAUUUGAGUUCAAAUCCGUCAAAUGCCCUUCUGGCAGAAUCAGUAGCCACUUUCAUCGAAGAUAUGAAAAAACAUAUCCGAGGAGUCACUGAACAACCCUACGUAGAUCCUGCUACGCCUUUCCACCGUAAACCGGGUGAAGGCUCAAAAAGACAUCUAAGGCUUGACCACAUCUACACCGAUUUAGUUAUUCACGAAAACAGAGCUCUGUAUCAAUUUAGUGGAGAUAGAGAGGAACAACUGAAAGAAUACUACAGAACCAGAGAGAAAUCUCGACCAACACUGCCGGGAGAUAUAUUUGAUGCUGAACCAAAACCGCGGAAAAUUCUUGUUGUUGGUCGUCCUGGAAUUGGAAAAACCAUGUUUUGCUCAAAGAUUCUUCGCAAUUGGGCUUCCGAUAAGUUGCUCAACGGUGCACAAAAAUCUCGAUUUGAUUUCAAACUCGCUUUCCUCGUUAAGUUGAGGAAGUUUAACCGCACAAAUGACGAAAUUAAUCUUCGCCAACUCCUGGAUGCAUCGGAGUAUUCUAAACUACCAAUGUCCGAUGACGUUUGGCACUACAUUACAAAAAGGCCAGACAAACUGCUCCUUAUUUUUGAUGGAUUUGAUGAAUAUUCUGGAAAGGUUAGAAUAAAUAACGAUGACUUAUCGAUCAGUAACCAUGUAGAAGACUCGAUGCCAGUUCAUUUCCUGUACAAGAAAUUAUUAUCGGGGAAAAUCCUUCCCGGUGCUACAGUCUUAACGAGCUCAAGACCAACCGCCGUGUCAUUCUUUGAAGCAGCUAUUGCCUUUGAAAGAAUAGUUGAAAUUCUGGGAUUCAACUCUGAUAAAGUGGAUGAGUAUGUGGACAAAUUCACAAAAGAGAAAGGCGAUGAUGGCAAAGGAGAAACCAUAAAGCAACACAUCAGAAGUAGCCUUAACCUCCAAUCCUUCUGCUACAUUCCUGUGAAUUGCUUCAUAAUUUGUUCGUGCUUGUUACACUUGCUGAACUCACCCGUCUCCGGCUGCCUUCCUACAAGACUAACCGAACUAUAUUCCAUAGCCAUCAAGAUUUUUUACUUUUGUCACGGUGAUAUCCAAAGUCGUUACCCAUCACAUGAAGCUCAACAGUUUUAUUUAAAGCCAUUUAGUGCAUUACCUGAACAUGUGCAAAAAUUCUUUAAGAGACUGGGAGAAAUUGCUUUUCAGGGAAUCAAAGAAGGAAGACUCAUUUUCGAAUCAGGCGAAGUCGAUGAGCAAGAAAACAAUGGUUUGUUCCACCGUUUACCUGAUAGUUUUAGCGGUUUAAAGGAAGGACGAGCACAAUAUUGUUUUUUACACCUGACGAUACAGGAGUUCUUAGCGGCGAAGUAUUUGGUGGACACGUUGAGUUCCGAAGACCUGCAGAAGUUUGUUUCCGAUCACAUCCAUGAUGGCGCGUGGAAGGUUGUGAUGCAGUUUGUGGCUGGACUGCUGGCUGAAAAAGGAGAACAAUCAACAGAUAUUUUCAGUGACCUUCUUCCCUCAAAAACUUUUACUUUUGAAGAUGACAUCAUUAUGAAUGAAGAUUCAGGGGAACCAACUGAAACACUGACCUGUUGGCCAGCUCGUGAACACAGGUUAUUAGUGGUGACGCUAUUCAAUUGCAUGUAUGAGAACAAAGCCUCUGAUCGAGAAGUUCAAAAGAAACUGAAGAAAAUUGGUUGUAAUGCGCUUGAUUUUAUUUGUUGUAACCUUUCACCUCUCGACUGUUUAGCAUUAGUGCAUGCACUUAAAUCUGUUGAAGGAAUUUUGUAUUUUGAUUUAACCGUCAACAACCUUCAGUCGCUAGGAUGUAUUGAGAUUGCGAAGUUGUUACCUGGCAACCAACAAAAUCAGGGUUUGCGCGAACUAAAAAGAUUAAACCUCAGGGAUAACAACAUAACUGAUGAAGGAGUAAAACAUUUAGCUACAGCACUCACACACACUAACUGCAACCUAAAUAGCUUAGACCUCGAGGGUAACAACAUAACUGAUGAAGCAGUUAAACAUUUAGCUACAGCACUCACACACACUAACUGCAACCUAAACAGCUUAAACCUCGCGGGUAACAACAUAACUGAUAAAGCAGUAAAACAUUUAGCUACAGCACUCACACACACUAACUGCAACCUAAACAGCUUAAACCUCGCGGGUAACAACAUAACUGAUGAAGCAGUUAAACAUUUAUCCACAGCACUCACACACACUAACUGCAACCUAAACAGCUUAAACCUCGCGGGUAACAACAUAACUGAUGAAGCAGUUAAACAUUUAUCCACAGCACUCACACACACUAACUGCAACCUAAACAGCUUAAACCUCGCGGGUAACAACAUAACU